UAUGAUAUUUUUUUGGCUAAAUACCCACUGAGUUAACGCGCAAUGGGUGAACCGUUGAAAGAGAUUAAAGUUCUUUAUAUAGAGAAAGUUUGUCCAUGAAAUAUGCAUAAAAUCAAACAGGUGAAUAAAGCUUUGUGAAAGAUCGAUCCAAUCAGCGGUUUUGGAAGUGCGAUGUUGGUCGUGGUAGAGCGUAAUAUUGGCGGUUUAAGAAGGGCAGCCAAUUAGAAAAGUUGACGAAUAUCGUCGGUCGGUACUUAGGUGCGUGUGUUUGUACGAGUGUAUAUAGGUGACGGUCGUGAAAUAUAGUAGCAGCCAUCUUAUAUUUUGUGUCGGAGAAAAACAAUUUGGCCGUAGAAAUGUUUCGCGAUUGUCCGUGAAGCCGCUCGAGAACGGGAGGCGUGCGCUCGAUGAGGCGUGACGUUUUUCGACCCUAGCCCGGACCACUACAAUAGCAAAGGUGGAUUGGUACGCAGGAUAUGAGCAGCUUGUCAAGCGCAACCUGACUCUGCUCCCCCAUCAAGAAGCAGUGCAGCAGCAGGAGCCACAAUCGCAACAGCUGGCUCAGCAGCAACAGACUGAUAUAAUGACAUCCAUGUUUGAACAACAAAUUAAAAGCGAACCCAUGGGGUUUUAUUCUGUUGCUUCGAGCCGUUCAGAUGGUUCAAAUUCUAUGGUGAAUUUGUCGGAUGAUCGUGAAGACCUUUCUCAGCAAGAAGGUCACCUACAACCCCAGCAACAGACUACGUUACAAAUAAGUCAGCAACAGGGUCAACAACAAACUCAACAACAGAGUCAACAGCAAACGCAACAACAGGGUCAACAACAGCAGAGUCAGACUGUGCAACAAGAAGUUCCAAACCGUCAAUCUACUGGACAACAAACUGUCAAAGAGGGUUCGCGGUCAAAGCCACAGCCCUGUAAGGUAUGCGGCAAGGUGCUAUCCUCUGCUUCGUCGUACUAUGUACAUAUGAAGCUUCAUUCAGGCAACAAACCAUAUCAUUGUACGGUAUGCGAAGCAAGCUUUUGUCGGAAACCAUACUUGGAAGUGCACAUGAGGACGCACACAGGAGAAAGACCUUUCCAAUGUGAGCUGUGCUUGAAAAGGUUUACUCAAAAGAGCAGUCUUAAUACUCAUAAACGAGUGCAUACAGGAGAAAGGCCGUAUGCCUGCGACAUUUGUCAAAAACGUUUUGCAGUGAAAAGCUACGUGACGGCACACCGUUGGAGUCACGUUGCCGAAAAGCCGUUGGUGUGCGACAGAUGUUCUCUCACAUUCACGUCCAAGAGUCAAUUCGCAAUUCACAUCCGUACCCAUACUGCAAGUACCACGUACGAGUGUAACAUAUGCGGACGUACCUUUGUACGCGAUAGUUAUCUCAUACGACACCAAAAUCGAGUACAUCGUGACAUGAAUCAAAGCAGUACGAAUCACAAUCCAUCUACGCCCCAGAGUACCGGUGGUGGCACUCCAGGUACAGGUUUCGAGAGUCCUGUUUGCGAUUUACGCUACAGCGAAGGACCUUCCUCGUUGGACGGCUUAGCAGGUUCGAAAGGAGGGAUCGCGGCUGAGAUCGCGAGUUUAGCCAAGCAAAACAAUCUUCAACUUCCUCUACCGUUGCUACAUCCGCAGACUACCAACUAGUGUUUAGACGACAACGUGUCCGAGUCCCUACCGCAACAUCAACAGUCACCGCAGCAAGUAGUAUGUCCCACCUCGGCGUCCUCGCCGUUCACACUUAAUUCACCAGUGUCUCACGAGCACACCACACCGCAGAGUGUCUACCAAACGACAGGCUCCUCCAGUUCGCUGGAUAGCCUCAACUCCCAACUUUAUCCGCAAAUAUCGUCAUCCCCCAUAGAUUCAUCGGAGUCGCAUCAUCAAUCGCAGCAACUGCAUCGCGGCAUUCCUCCGCCAGGGCUUCACCCUGCUCUGUAUCUCUACGCUCAGUACUCGAAUACUACAAGCAGCUCUCCCAUCCCGUACCCCGAAUACAUUCAACGCAACAAUGAGUAAGUCAGUUUAUGCCAGCAAUCACGAUUUUUACCACGAACGGAGUGACGAUUCGCCCGAAACGCGGACUCUUUGAUCGCGUCUCGUUUAAUGGUGCUGGUUGAACAAAGUGCCUAAAGAGCAUCCACUUUCUGGAUCACGACGGAUGCUUAAUCACAAUCGUCGAUUAAUCGUUGAUAUUAAACAAUUUUUACGCACCGACUAAUUUUCAUUUCGAUCUUUUAACAAUGCAGUGGAUCAAUUGUGAAUUGAUUACCGUUUUGCACGUGUCUAUCUCACUUACAUACUUCUCGGUCCAUUUAAUGGAUUAUCUAAAUACGGACGCUGAUAAGCGUAUUUUAACGAGAAUGAAAUAGCACCGUUCAAAGAGACGUGCCACCACACGAUCGACGAAUCGGUUCGUUUCCACGAUCGUUCGAUUUUCCUUGUUUUUACCAAUCUGUCGUGGUAUAUCGAUGUUAGCAUAAACUAACGCGCGCGCGCGUACGUUUCUACGCGAGUUUUUCCAAGUUUCCGCACUUCUUGAUUUACCUGUUUUCCAAUCACAUCUGCGAGUACAUAUACAUAUAUAUAUAUCUAUGUGUGUAUAUAUAUUAUGCGCGAACCAUUACACAUACACAUAUUUAUAUUAUAUUUUUAAAGGAGUUUAGUCACUUGGAUCUGUGAUAUAGAUAGUAAUUAUUAACUACAAUGUUUAAACUAUUGGUUUACUAUUUUGAUGAUAUCAAAAUGAGGAAAUAUAA